CUCGCACGGCCGCGAGUAAACGACGCCGAGAGGAUGAGCGGAAACAGCGCAGCAGGUGGCGUGAGCAGCGCCGGAUUCUCACUCGCCCUGUUAAUCUUUGUCUUGAGUUUUUCGCUGGGACUCGUUCGCGCCGAGAUCGACCUGGAGGACUUGGCCGCGAAGAUGCCCCUCUGCCCCGCCCACCUGCCCGACGACGUUCCUGACGAAGCCCUAGAACUACUCUCCAGCCUCUCCCUGGACCUCCUGAACCCUACUACGGUGAACGGGACCGACAUCCUGGUGGAGGCCGAUGUCGUAAUGUCGCAGCAGCAGUGGGACGAGAUACACGAAGCCGCCACGAAGGGCGCUCCUCGAAAGGCCAUUCCGUGGGGUUGGGCGCGGUGGCCCGUGUCGCAGUCUACGGGCCUGCCCACCGCCAUCUACAGGAUAGAUUCGUCCGUGCGGUCCCCGGCCAUGAUUCGAUCGGGCAUGAACGACUGGGAGAGCCACACCUGCGUUCGAUUCGUCGAGGCUUCGAGCACCAAUGAACCGUACAUCAACGUCUUUGAAGGAAAUGGAUGCUAUAGUUACAUAGGAAAAACUGGCAAAAUUGGACAGGAACUCUCUAUAGGCCUAGGUUGCUAUACCGCAGAUAUCAUCAAGCACGAGCUGGGACACGCCCUCGGUCUCUUCCACGAGCAGACCCGCGGAGACAGGGACGAGUACGUGCAGAUUUUGACAGACAACGUGAGACCCGGAGUCGAGUACAAUUUCCAAAAGCAGACCACUGCCGACUAUGGCCAGGCAUAUGACUUCUCUUCUCUCAUGCAUUACACGUCCACCAGCUUUUCGAAGAAUGGUGGUUCGACUAUAGUGACAUUAGACCCAGCCAUGCAAAUAUAUGUUGGCCAGAGCGACGACCUCACCUUCAGAGACAUCGCUAUUGUUAACCAUAUGUACGGCUGUUCAGAUCUGUGGGCCGCCUCCUGCUCCUCCUCGCCGCCCACCUGCGAGAACGGGGGUUACCUGGGCUCCAACUGCGCCUGCAAGUGUCCCCCGGGCACUUCGGGCAGUACGUGUGCUGAUAUCACUGGUUCUUAUUAUCCGACGCCAGUAUGUGGUGGGAAUAUCACCGCCGCCACGACCAUCAAAACGCCAAACUACCCUUAUAAAUUUCCCAGAGGGACGAACUGCGUGUGGUGGAUCCGCGCCCCGGACGAGUGCCAGUAUCCCAUCGUCACAGUGAACGACUUCAGUCUCUUCAGGAGAGCCAGCAACGGGCAGUGUGUGUGGGAUCGCCUCGAAGUCAGGACGGAUUCUCUCUACUCCGGCAGCGCGUUAUUGCAGUACAUAGGUCUGAAGCUUAAGAUGUCAACCUUUGCCACAAAGAGAGGGGUUUUAUCUGGCCUGCCUAGUUUCAUCGUGAAAAAGAUUUCUCAGGAAGUAGAGCUGUUGUGCCAAAUGUAA